AGCUCACGAAACGUCACACGAACGUACGACAAUCGACCACUUAAAGCGGACCGAGAACGUUAAUAUUAUUCAGUAUUGAUUAGGUCACAAAACAGAAUAGACAAGAUAAAUAAAAUAUCAAUAUGGCUAAAGUGAACGGAGUCCCUAACGAAAUCAAGGCAUCAGCCCUGGACCUCAUCGGAGAGACACCUCUACUCGCUCUCGAUCGCCUGCAUCCGGGACCAGGACGAAUUUUAGUAAAAUGUGAAUUCAAUAAUCCCGGAGCAUCCAUUAAAUGCAGAUCUGCUAUGCACAUGAUUCAAGAAGCUCGUGCAAAAGGUCUGCUUAAACCUGGACAACCUGUGUUAGAAGUGACAUCCGGAAAUCAAGGAUGUGGUCUCGCAAUCGUGUGUGCUAUUUACGGUCACCCUCUCACCGUAACUAUGUCGAAAGGUAACAGUGUGCAGCGAGCUAUUCACAUGGAAGCUCUCGGCGCUAAAUGUAUUAGGGUACCCCAGGUGGAGGGGACCUAUGGUAAUGUUACCAUUAAUGACGUCAAAGCAGCUGAAGACGAAGGCUUAAGAAUUGCUGAAGAGAUCGGUGCGUACUAUGUUAAUCAAUUCAACAAUGAAGAUAAUGCAAACUCCCACUACCUUACAACAGGUCCUGAAAUUUGGAGACAGAGUGGGCACCAUGUCGAUGCCUUCGUCGCCACUGUUGGAACGGCCGGUACCUUCGCUGGUACUACGAGGUAUUUGAAGGAGAAAAACCCGAACAUCAAAUGCUUUGUCGUGGAACCGGAAGGAUCACAGCCUAUUAAGGGGACCCCGAUCACGAAACCUUUGCAUUUGCUGCAGGGUUCUGGUUAUGGGUGUAUCCCAAACUUGUUUAAGUUUGAAACAAUGGACGGAACUCUGAGUGUGACUGAUGAAGAUGCGGUGGAGUACAAGAAGCUUGUUGGCGAAAAAGAGGGUUUAUAUGUUGGUUACACUAGUGGUGCGAAUGUCGCAGCCGCGGUCAAGUUGUUAAAGUCUGGUCUUAUUCCAGAAGAUGCAUGGGUGGUGACCUCACUAAAUGACAGUGGCUUGAAAUAUACUCCUGUGCCCGAAAGUUUAACGUAAUAAUUAGAGACACUGAUUUUAAUCAUAAGGUUUAUUCAUAUAGCUGUUUUUGUGAAUUAUGAGCACAUUGUAAAUUACUAAAUGUUUGUAUAUAAUUUGUAAUAAUAAAAUAUUUGCUUAUAA